GAGGAAUCGCUUGAGUCCAAAUUUACAGAUAAAAUAUUCGGUGGUAUAUUCGUCUCAGUUAGCUUUGUCAUAAUCGGUCUCUGGAUUUACGUGAUAGCAUUAUCGGAUUUAGAAAUACUUUUCAGCAACUACGACUGUAAUGGCAACGUUUGUGGUAGUGAAAAGAAUCUGAAGCCACUUUUGUUUAUGAAAUUCAACGUUUCUAAGUAUAAAUACUUGCUUCACACUAAUUUUGAAGACAAGGUAUUAUCUGUACCUGUUUGUGUUCAAAGAUGUCCGGACCGUUUCAUAAACUCUUCGAAGCAGAUUUCAAAUUUUAUAAACUCAACAGGUGUAUUCUUGUGUGACCCAAGGAUUCCUCCUCUGCUUUAUGAAUCUCAACCGCGUAUUUUAAAUGCAUCAUUAUGUCCAACAUUACCAUUAUAUCCUACGAUACCAAUUGGUGGUGUAUGUAUACCAGUCAAUUUUAUAAAUCAUAGCAAUUUUGCAAAUUUUCAAUAUAAUGCGGAUUCAGAAUUCACUUUAUCAUUAUAUCAAAUCAUAAUAUGUGGUCUAAUGGGAUCAGUUCUUAGCCUUUUGGUAAUUGGUGCUGUACGUUUUGUGCCAGUUGGAUUUUGUACAUAUAUAUUUGGUUAUACAAUAUCUGCUUAUUCAUUACUGAUGAUUUUCUUAAUUGUUCGUCUAUGGAUUCAUAUUAUGAGUUUGAAAUAUGCAUAUUGGUGGAAGAAUGAUGUAUUCAAUCAAAGUCAUUUAUUAAGUCAUGUAACAUUUACAGUUAUUCUAUGCAUUUGUUUAUUUAUUUUAAUAUGCAUCAUUUGUUUAAAUUCAUCAUUGAGAAAUUCAACAAGUCAAUGGCAAAGUACAAUACAAUUUAUUGUUGAAGCAUUAUUUGUAUUAUUAUCAGAUUGUUUAACUGAAUUAUAUGGAUUCAUAAUCAUUAUGUUAAUCAUAAUAAUGAUAGGGAAUAGUUUAUUAUGCUUUCUAUCUGUAUAUAGUUUAUUACAUAUAUUUGCUAUGGUUGAACCAAUUCGAUUAAAGUUUACUGGAUGUUUGGAUUUUCGACAAAUCGGUUGGAUUCAAUAUGGAUUUUUACCUGUAUAUUUAUUAUAUUGUAUAUGGAUUAUUCGUUUUUAUUCAAGUUUUUGUCAAAUCUUUACAACAAUAUUCAUUUCUAAUUGGUAUCGUUCAAGUGAAUCUACAUACAAAUUGAAGACAAUCAAUCUUAUCAUUCAAAUUCUUCAUACAGUUUUAUAUCAAUUUAUUGGAAGUUUAAGUUUAGCCUCUUUAUUAAGUUAUUUUACCUGGCCAUUACUUCAAUUAUUAUGUUUAUACAGAAUUAUUAAUUAUAUAAUAAAACAUAAAAACGUAUCCAUUUUAAAAUCUACAUCGAAAUGGGAACAGAAAUUACAAAAUUUCGAAUGGCAAAUUCAUCAUUUAGAUUGUAAUGUAUUUACAUUAAUUAUUAUUGAAAAACAAUCAUUUUACAAAUCAUGGAAACAAUUAAAUUCUAGUUUAGUAACUAUUCAAUCAUUAAAUAAUAUAAUAGAAUUAAUUCGAUGGUCAGAAGUUUUACUAACAUUAGCGAAAUUAGCUAGUUCAGCGAUAGCAACAAUGUUUGGAUUAAUUUAUUUCUCUCUGAGACCGCCAACAUUAAUUGCAUUUCCUAUCAUAGCAAUUAUCUCAUUUGUAUUUUGUUAUUUUAUUUCAAGUGUUAUACUUGCCACUUUACAACAUAUACUAUCUACAAUUGUAAUUUGUUAUUGUUUACAAGAAUGUAAAUUUGCUGAAGAUGAACUAUUUGGUCGUGAAUCUAAUUUUAUUUUUCGGCAUGAAAAUUUCAAAUUCAUUUUCAGAUUUGCCAAUCUAUUCAUUAUAUAUAAACAAUAUUCUCUUAUAAAAAAUUAUAAAACUUGUUUAUUUUCUAAUCAAAUGAAUACAAAUGAAAUAAAUUGGCAAACAUAUUUAAACUAUAUAAAUAAUAAAGAGAAAACAAUAUUGUUUCAUCCGAAAAAAACAUUCUCAUUUAUACAAUUAUCAUUAUGGUGGAACAGUAAUAAUAAUCAUAAUAAUCUAUUCUUAAUUGGUUAUAAAUUAUUAAAAUCUAUUCAUCAUCAAUUGUCUUUAUUUCAUGUCAAUAUUCCAAAUAGAAAUCAAUUACAUUAUCAAUUAAUACAUCAAUUGAUAUUGAUUAUAUUUACUGGUUUUGGAAUUGUGAUACAUCCAUUCUUUUAUAGUCUUGUAUUACUUGAUGUGAUCACACGUGAAGAGACGUUGUUGAAUGUUGUACGAUCAGUGACUAAAAAUGGUCGAUCAAUUUUCUUAACUGGGAUAUUAGCACUUAUCAUUAUCUACUUAUAUUCCAUCAUUGGAUAUGCUUAUUUUCAAAAUGAUUUUACUAUCGAAAUCGAUGUAACAAAUGACAAUGCUGUUGAUAGUACAGAACGUCGAUGUGAUUCACUACGUAUGUGUAUAUUGACAACUUUACGAGAAGGACUACUAAAUGGUGGCGGAAUUGGUGAUGUACUCAAACGUCCGAGCAGUAAGGAUUACAUCGUUCAGCAUUUGAUCAUUCGAAUACAAGCUUUGAUGAACAUGUUGAAGUGGAUCAUAAUGUAUGGCAUUAUAUAUAUUUUAUAAUAUAUUUAAGAACAAAAUUAACCGAUGACUUAACUGGUCUAGAAAUUUACAUUGAUAAACUUAUCAAAGAAAAUGAAUUUAAAUGGAUACCACGUAGACGAGCUAUGACUUUGUAUAACAUAGAAAAUGGUUCUUCAGAAAAAUCUGAAGAAAUCACCGCAUUAACUAACUCACUCAACAAAACUGUCAAAGCGAUGGAUACACUUAAUGAAAGCUACCAAAAAUUGUCUAAACUGAUUAGUAAACAAUUUAUGGAAAAAUCUAAAGAACAAUUACUUUCUUCAAUGUUAAAUUCUGUUUCAAAUAAAAUGAAAAUAGAAGAAUAAAUGUUGUUUAUCUCAGGUUUUAUUGCAUAAACCGAUGCUGUUGCUGUUGUUGCUGCUGCUACUGCUGCCGCUGAGGAUGAUGAUGAUGAUUAGUGUGUAUUUCAUUGUUACACUUUGUUUUGUUUUGUUUUGUUUGUCUUUAUAAUUCAUGAUAACCGUUUGAUACACAAAUUUAUUUUCUUAGUUUCAUUAAGAUAAGAUGAUAUAAACUAGAUGAGUGGAUGUUUAGCCAAUGUUUUUCAUAUAUAGAUAGUGAUUUCCUUUUUUUGUAAAAAAUAAGGUACAUUUUUGUAUUCCGAUUAGUUGCUACGUGAUAUAGUUAGUUAAAAUAAUAGUAAGUAAUUGAUUAAUAAUGCUUUUUUUGCUAAUAAAUAUAUCAUUGAAUAUUGA